UGGACUAGCAGCGACCUGCCGCGACCCCGCGCUGCGGUUGGAGGUGUCUGAUCGCAUCGGCUCUGCCUGCACCCUCAGCUCGCCAUCCUCCUCCUCCACCCAGGGGUGUGGGGCAGUUUUCCCGUUAUGCAUGCGCACCUUUCCCACCAGACCCAAGUGGAUUAUCGGCCUCAAAACCAUCAGGUGGCCGUGCACACGCCUCCUCCCAGCCAGACCUGCGAGGUAUUCACCUGAUACCCAACAGGUGCCUGGGUGCACAGCUUUUUGCAAUCUGAUCUAUGCUCUAUGCGCCUGAUAAGGGUGGGCCUGCAGGCGCUUUGCUCGGCUAGAACCGUGGGACACUCGCCAGAUAAAGGACUAACCACCUCGGCCGGAACCCGGGGGCUGUGGGGAGGGAGGCUUCACCUGCGACUCCGAGACCAUGGCACUGAGCCCGCCCUGGACCAGGACACACGGCUAGGUUGCUCUUCAUUCUGAAGGAACCGAGUACCCGAGAUUGGCAUCCUUUGGUCCUUUUUUUUUUGUUUUUUUCCCCUUAAAGCAGUUUUUUUCCCCCAGCUGUUGGUGGUGUGCUUUCUAGGAUGGUUUGCUUGAAUUUUGAGUAGAAGGAUUCUUAUUUGAAUUUUUGUCUGGUGUGAAUCAAGGUAAUUGAGGGUUUUUUUUUAAAUAUAUAAAUUAUCUUUUCUGUUUUUGCAAUCAAAAGUAGCUAGCAUAGGAGAAAAGAUUUGGGGGGUGGGGGUUUCCUUUCUUCUUUGUCCUUAAAAAGGAAAAAAAGAAAAAUGCAUCCUCCAGAAACCACCUCCAAGAUGGCUUCAGUUCGGUUCAUGGUGACACCAACAAAGAUCGAUGACAUUCCAGGUUUGUCAGACACCAGCCCGGACCUCAGCUCUCGAUCUAGCUCCCGAGUGAGAUUUAGCUCCCGGGAAAGUGUGCCUGAAACAAGCCGCAGUGAGCCAAUGAGUGACAUGUCAGGGGCCACCACUUCACUGGGAACUGUUGCCCUGGAUCCAGCCAGUGACAGGACUUCCAACCCCCAGGAUGUUACUGAGGACCCGAGUCAGAACUCCAUCACAGGGGAACACAGCCAGCUGUUAGAUGAUGGACAUAGGAAAGCUCGAAAUGCUUAUCUCAAUAAUUCCAAUUAUGAAGAAGGAGAUGAAUAUUUUGAUAAAAACUUGGCACUAUUUGAGGAAGAAAUGGACACCAGGCCGAAGGUGUCUUCUCUCCUCAGCCGCAUGGCCAAUUACACAAAUCUGACCCAAGGAGCAAAGGAACACGAAGAGGCAGAGAACAUCACUGAAGGGAAAAAGAAGCCUGCCAAGGUCCCCCAGAUGGGUACCUUCAUGGGCGUCUACCUCCCAUGUCUACAAAAUAUUUUUGGAGUGAUCCUGUUUCUACGCCUUACAUGGGUGGUGGGCACAGCUGGAGUUCUUCAGGCCUUUGCAAUUGUUCUUAUCUGCUGCUGCUGUACAAUGUUGACUGCUAUCUCCAUGAGUGCCAUCGCUACCAACGGGGUGGUACCAGCUGGGGGCUCGUACUUUAUGAUUUCCCGGGCACUGGGCCCAGAGUUUGGUGGGGCUGUUGGCCUCUGCUUUUACCUUGGCACCACAUUUGCAGCAGCCAUGUAUAUCCUUGGUGCCAUUGAAAUUUUUCUGGUGUAUAUUGUCCCCCGGGCUGCCAUCUUUCUCAGCGAUGAUGCCCUCAAGGAGCCGGCCGCCAUGCUAAAUAACAUGCGUGUCUAUGGCACAGCCUUCUUGAUCCUGAUGGUCCUGGUGGUGUUCAUCGGCGUGCGCUACGUGAACAAGUUCGCCUCGCUCUUCCUGGCCUGUGUCAUUGUAUCCAUCCUGGCCAUCUAUGCUGGAGCCAUCAAGUCUUCUUUUGCCCCUCCACACUUCCCGGUCUGUAUGCUGGGUAACCGCACCCUUUCAUCCAGACAUAUCGACGUUUGCUCGAAGACCAAGGAAAUGAACAACAUGACAGUCCCAUCAAAGUUAUGGGGCUUCUUCUGUAAUUCAAGCCAGUUUUUCAAUGCCACCUGUGAUGAAUACUUCGUUCACAAUAAUGUCACUUCAAUUCAGGGCAUCCCUGGAUUGGCUAGUGGUAUUGUUACAGAAAAUCUCUGGAGUAAUUAUCUACCAAAGGGAGAGAUCAUUGAAAAGGCUUCAGUCAAAUCCUCCGAUGUAUUAGGCAGCUUAAAUCAUGAGUAUGUUCUUGUUGACAUGACCACCUCCUUCACGCUUCUGGUGGGGAUCUUCUUUCCCUCUGUCACAGGUAUCAUGGCUGGAUCAAACCGGUCUGGAGAUCUGAAAGAUGCUCAGAAGUCGAUUCCCAUUGGCACCAUCCUCGCCAUCCUGACCACCUCCUUUGUCUAUUUAAGCAAUGUUGUCCUUCUUGGUGCGUGUAUUGAAGGAGUUGUUCUUAGAGACAAGUUUGGGGAUGCUGUGAAAGGUAAUUUGGUGGUGGGCACCUUAUCGUGGCCAUCCCCGUGGGUAAUUGUUAUUGGCUCCUUCUUUUCUACGUGUGGGGCUGGACUUCAGAGCCUCACGGGUGCACCAAGGCUGCUGCAGGCAAUUGCCAAGGAUAACAUUAUACCGUUUCUGAGGGUGUUUGGUCACAGCAAAGCCAAUGGGGAACCUACCUGGGCCUUACUCCUGACUGCUGCCAUUGCAGAGCUGGGGAUCCUCGUCGCCUCCCUCGAUCUCGUGGCUCCCAUCCUUACCAUGUUUUUUCUCAUGUGUUACCUGUUUGUGAACCUGGCAUGUGCCUUGCAAACAUUACUUCGAACACCUAACUGGAGGCCCCGGUUCCGUUACUACCACUGGGCCCUCUCUUUCAUGGGAAUGAGUAUCUGUCUGGCUCUGAUGUUCAUUUCUUCCUGGUAUUAUGCCAUCGUAGCUAUGGGGAUAGCUGGUAUGAUCUACAAAUACAUCGAGUACCAAGGAGCUGAGAAGGAAUGGGGUGAUGGUAUCCGUGGGCUGUCCCUCAGCGCAGCCCGAUUCGCUUUGCUUCGGCUGGAGGAAGGACCGCCACACACUAAAAACUGGAGGCCUCAGCUGCUUGUGCUGCUGAAACUGGACGAAGAUUUACAUGUCAAGCACCCUCGCCUCCUCACCUUUGCCUCACAGCUCAAGGCAGGAAAGGGGCUAACAAUUGUGGGCUCUGUCAUCGUGGGCAACUUCCUGGAGAACUAUGGUGAGGCCUUAGCUGCUGAGCAGACCAUAAAGCACCUGAUGGAGGCAGAGAAGGUGAAAGGAUUCUGCCAGCUGGUGGUGGCAGCCAAACUGAAGGAGGGCAUUUCCCACCUCAUCCAGUCCUGUGGCCUCGGGGGCAUGAAGCACAACACAGUGGUGAUGGGCUGGCCUAAUGGCUGGCGCCAGAGUGAAGAUGCUCGAGCAUGGAAGACGUUUAUUGGCACAGUUCGAGUGACAACUGCUGCCCAUCUCGCCCUCCUGGUGGCCAAGAAUGUCUCCUUCUUUCCCAGCAACGUGGAGCAGUUUUCCGAGGGCAACAUCGACGUGUGGUGGAUCGUGCAUGAUGGGGGGAUGCUCAUGCUCUUACCCUUCCUCCUCAGACAGCACAAGGUGUGGCGGAAGUGCAGCAUACGGAUCUUCACGGUAGCCCAACUAGAAGACAACAGUAUCCAGAUGAAGAAGGACCUGGCCACCUUCCUGUACCACCUGCGCAUCGAGGCAGAGGUGGAAGUGGUGGAGAUGCACGACAGUGACAUAUCGGCUUACACUUACGAGCGCACGCUGAUGAUGGAGCAGAGGUCCCAGAUGCUCCGGCAGAUGCGACUGUCCAAGACAGAGCGGGACAGAGAGGCACAGUUGGUGAAAGACCGGAACUCCAUGCUGCGGUUGACCAGCAUUGGGUCAGAUGAGGAUGAAGAGACAGAGACCUAUCAGGAGAAGGUGCACAUGACUUGGACAAAAGACAAGUACAUGGCAUCCCGGGGGCAAAGAGCCAAGUCAAUGGAAGGAUUCCAGGACCUGCUCAACAUACGCCCGGACCAAUCCAAUGUGAGGCGGAUGCAUACAGCAGUCAAGCUCAAUGAGGUUAUAGUUAACAAGUCCCACGAAGCAAAGCUGGUUUUGUUGAAUAUGCCAGGGCCACCACGAAACCCGGAAGGUGAUGAAAACUACAUGGAGUUCCUAGAAGUGCUCACCGAGGGACUUGAGCGUGUCCUCCUUGUCCGGGGUGGUGGCAGUGAAGUGAUUACCAUUUAUUCAUAACCUGCCUCUGAGUGACGCUGCUUGGCCGUGCCUUUCCAAAAAGGCUUCCAUCCUCCUCGGGAGCGCCAGCCCUUCUCUGCCACGCCAACCAGCUAGAGGCCUGUGUUCUGUACACAUCACACUGAGCUCUUGACAAGCUGAGCCUCGAGUCCUUGUUCACAAGGGUACAAAUAGAUCAGCUCUUUGUUCCCACAUGAUGCUCUUUAUGGAAGCAGCAAAUAUUCCCUCAACAUCAGAGUGGCGGUCAAGUCCUAAGGCAAAAGGCAAGUUGGAAUUAGCAAGCUAAACCAAUAAAGUGAACUGGCAAAAGGGAUGCUAGAAAUUCACCACGACAAACAGCAAGCACAUAUCCCACAUGAAAGACGAGCCUCAGAAGUCCUGGUUCAACGGUGACCCCAUGGGGUAGCAGUCAGAGACACAGCCUCAUCACAGUAAAGAAUUCAUGGCCCAAUAUGUGGACACUUAAUAUCCUUGCGAAGAUGACCCAUGGCCAGUCAAGAUGGACAUCUUUAUUAGCUAAUUUUCUUUGGUGUACCCAUUGCUCCCUAGGAUUCUAAUUCUGUAUUAGGGUACUGAUGUACAAGAACUGAAACAUGGCGGCAGCCACUACUUCCUCCUCCAACCAGAUGUUAAGUACAUAUACUGUGUUGGUACGUACUUCAGUUGUCUGUUUCUCCAACUCAAAACCCAUUCUGUAGUUAAGACUGUAACACAGGCAGCAUUGCAAUGGAAAUUGCUUGUUAAAAGGUAGGUUAAGAAUCAUUUCUUUCAGGUUCUUCUCAAAUGGUUGAACUAAGGGAACUCCAAAAAGUAGCUAUUACGAUUUACUGAAAUACAGCCUGUGGUUAUGUAUAUGACAUAGGCAGAACAUCCGAGCUAUUAUGUAAGAAAUGCAGGUCAUGACGAACCCUGAUCUACUGGUUUUCCUUUCCUUCUAUUAUGCCCUCUGGGAUAGUAAGCGUAGGUCAGAAAAAUCACAGGAACAAACACAAGACUGGCUAACAUCUUUCUCUAACAGCUUUGAACUGUCUUUUUAGAGGGGAGUCCAGCAGUGAAUUAGUUCUAGAGCCAUACUCUUUCCACAGUGCCAAAGUUAGUGAGCUGCUACUCUUCUUACCUGUGUUGCUGAAGUGAAGUGUGAACUGGCAACUGGGAUUGGCCUAAUUCAAGAAACUUCUUUCACCAAACCCGUGUGUGGUCUCAUCUCCAAA